AUGCAAAGUCUCAUUUAUAUUCGCAGAUGCCUUGCAUUUCCCUCAAAUCUUGAUGAAGGAGGUGUUUCUUGGUCACGUGAACAUACUGAUGCGCUUGUGGAUUCUGUUGAUUUUGGUAUACUUUGGGAUGAGUAUGGUAUCAUUGGCGAGUUAGUGCCCUUCACCAACGACUUUCCUCGUGCCGACAUUCACAAGCUCCUUGCCCCCGACAUACUGCACCAGCUCAUCAAAGGAACCUUCAAGGACCACCUUGUUGAAUGGGUGGGUCAAUACCUCGAACUCAUGCACGGCAAAACACGUGCUAAGGCAAUUUUAGAUGAUAUUGACCGAAGAAUUGCUUCCGCGCCGCCCUUCCCUGGCCUACGAUGCUUUCCACAAGGCCGUGGAUUCUCGCAAUGGACAGGUGACGACUCCAAAGCUUUGAUGAAGGUCUAUCUACCAGCAAUCGAGGGCCACGUACCAGAUGAUAUGGUUCGGGCAUUUCGAGCCUUGCUAGAGUUCUGCUACAUCGUGCGCGCAAACGUAGUGACAGACAACACUCUCGCAGCGCUGAAAGAUGCCCUUGGGCGUUUUCAUACUUACCGGACUAUUUUCCAGACUACUGGUGUCCGCUUCGACAUUUCCCUACCCCGACAACACUCUCUCAUCCACUACGAGCUUCUCAUCCGAAUGUUCGGUGCUCCGAACGGCCUCUGCUCGUCAAUCACGGAAUCCAAACAUAUCAAGGCGGUAAAGCAACCAUGGCGACGUUCAAGCAAGUACAACGCGCUCAGCCAGAUGCUCCUUACCAAUCAGCGCCUGGACAAAGUCGCCGCAGCAAGAGUUGAUUUCACAACGCGCAGCAUACUCAAAGGGUCUUACCCAGAGGUCCAACAGAACCCAGCGCAUGCAGGAAGCAAUCCCUUUGCUAUCGAGAGUGAUGACUUUGACGAUGUCGAGGAUCAGGGUGUUGUAGAUGAUGUGGAUGUCAUUGCUGAUGUGCAAUUAGCACGGACUUUUCACGAACUCGACAUCCCAUCGUUCCCGACCCUCAUUCGCCUCUUCCUGUACGACCAAAUACACGCGGACAACCACCAUUCCUCUGCCGACGUCCCACUUCGCAACUGUCCAUCCUACAUGGGACCAAUCAAGAUAUUUCAUUCAGCCGCUGCAACAUUUAUCACACCCAGUGAUCCGAGUGGAAUCACUGGUAUGCGCCAUGAGCACAUUCGUGUUGUGCCUUCAUGGCACAAGGGACCAGCUCGCUUUGACUGCGCCUUCGUCAACACGGACGAUAGGCAUGACGGAAUUCACACAUACCCAUGUGCCCUCGUUCAAUGGUUCCAUCGCAUCGCCGAGGAACGAGACGAGCUCACAGGAAUGUGGAUGGUGGCACCGUCUUUCAAUGAAGAUGGCUCGCGCGAUUUGUCCAUCAUCCAUAUCGACAGUAUCAUUCACGGCGCUCACUUACUCCCAAUAUUCGGUACUCAGCUCGUACCACGCGGCCUUCGAUUCUACAAUUCUCUGGAUGUAUAUCGAGGAUUCUACGUAAAUCGGUUCAUUGAUCACCAUGCUUUCGCGCUGGCAUCUUAA